AAUGGCUCAACACAGGGUGCAGUGUGCCAAUCUCCAAAACGACCUGAUCUCGCUCUCGCACAACAGGAAAGUCCCCAAAAGAAUGUCCUCCAUCAUGGAGAUGAAGGAAGUCUUCCACAAUGCUGACGCCGUUUGCUUCGACGUGGACAGCACUGUCAUCCGGGAGGAAGGCAUCGACGAGCUGGCCAAAUUCUGCGGCGUAGGAGAUGCAGUGGCAGAAAUGACCCGCAGAGCUAUGGGCGGUUCAGUGACGUUCAAGGCAGCUUUAACAGCACGGCUGGGCCUCAUCCGCCCAUCCUACGAGCAGGUGCAGAAACUAAUAUCAGAGCAUCCGCCUCAGUUAACUCCUGGAAUAAGGGAGCUGGUCAGCCGACUCCACCAGCGAGGGGUCCAGGUCUUCCUGGUCUCUGGAGGGUUCCAAAGCAUCGUGGAUCAUGUCGCCAUGCAGUUGAACAUCCCAACAGCCAAUGUGUUUGCCAAUCGGUUGAAGUUCUACUUCAAUGGGGAAUACGCAGGCUUUGAUGAGACGCAGCCAACAGCCGAGUCGGGCGGCAAAGGAAAAGUUAUCAGCUACCUCAAGGAACAGUUUCAGUUUAAGAAGGUGGUGAUGAUUGGAGAUGGAGCCACAGACAUGGAAGCCUGCCCCCCUGCGGACUGCUUCAUUGGAUUUGGAGGUAACGUCGUGCGGAAACAAGUAAAAGAAAAGGCCAAGUGGUACAUCACUCACUUCGACGAGCUGCUGAAAGAACUAGAGGAGCGAUAAAUUAUAGCGAAAACUAGUCUUAUUUUAUUAAUGUUUGCCGUAGAUAGGUGUAUAACGAUGCAAUUAA